AUGCAAAUUUGGUGUCUCAUUGAAGUUUUAGCUUCGUGGUUAUCAAAGAUCAAAUCCAAGCCAAGUGAUACUCUGAAUGUGUUAGAGAAAAGAUUUCUUGCAGUCGCCAAUAAUCAAGGACAACUUGGCAAGGUAGUAAACGUUACGAUUCCUUUUGCGCAAAGAGUGAAAUCUUUGGACAAUGUGGUUGCGGAAAUCGAUUCAAAAUCACCAAAGGUGCAGGAACAGAAAAUUUACAUUUCAUCAGAUGAAGACGAGGAUGAAAUCGAUUUUGAAAACAUUCCUGAUUACGAAGAAAGUUCGGAUCCCCCAGUAUUUCGAUCAAGCAGUAGCGCCUUUCCCAACCUCCCACCUAAUAUUGUGAAAACAAACAACCCCACUCCCGAAAACGUCACAAAACCAGUUUCACCCCCAAAUCCAUCGAAACCCCCGUUGUUAGACUCAUACACAAACGUUUAUGUGGAUGGUGCGUGUUGUGACAAUGGCGGUGUACGACCCCCCGCAGGUAUAGGAGUUUGGUUCGGCCCAGAUCACCCACUCAACAUAUUCCGAAGAUAUAGGGGAAGACAAACAAACAAUGCGUCAGAGAUCGAGGCAACCACCACGGCCGUCCGACAAGCAAAGAAAGGUGGCAUAAACAAAUUAAGAAUUAAAACUGACUCAAAAGUUGUCGUACAAGGAAUAACAGAAUCAGUUCCAAAAUGGCUAACCAAUAAUUGGAAAACAAAUGACAACAGACCUGUAAAGAAUCAAAGAGUAUACGAGAAAUUAAUCAAUGCAUUAAAACACAUGGACGUCAUCUGGAAACAUGUUCCUGAACACGAAGGAAUCGAUGGGAAUGAAAAUGCAGACAGAUUAGCCAGGGAAGGUGCCCUUAUGGAACCGGAAUCAUGA